AUGCAUUUGGCAAAAAAAGAGAGGGAAAGAGCUGGACGAGGGGCAGAAGAAAAGGAAGGAAACAAAUCAGAAAGUGAGGAUGCUGAAGGCAGUGAUACCUCUAAAGCUUCUAUUGAGUUGCAUUCUGGUUCUUCUACAUAUGAGGAUGUCUUGAGGGUUAUUAGGCUGAAAUAUCCUGAAUUCAGUAACGAGGUGGACAUGAGCGACCUUGUUUUUAAAAUUGGCCAAAAAUUCAGAAGUUUUCAACAGUUUAGGGAGGCAGUUAGAAAUUACGGCAUCAAAAACCAAUAUGUGAUGAACUUUAGGCCUAACAACAAGAAAAGGUGUAAUGCUUUUUGUAAAAAGGGCUGCCCUUUCUACUUGUGGUGUUCACCAAUGGUAACUGAUAAGGAGACAGUACAAAUAAAGUCAGAAAUUCUUAAACAUGAAUGCACAAGAGACCACCACAGCAUCAGGCAUGUGAGUGCAAAAUGGAUUGCGAAGAAUUACUUGGAGCAGUUCAAGGCAUACCCCUCUUGGAAGCUUGCUGGAAUCAGACAGACAGUUAGGAGCAAUGAAGAGACCGAUAUUAGCAAAAUAAUAGCCUGGAGGUCUAAAUGCAUAGCGUUGAGGUUAAUUGAUGGUGAUGAGGAGAGCUGGAUAAGAAAGCUUCACGAUUAUAGGCUUGAGUUACUAAGGACGCAUCCUAGGUCAACAAUCAUGUUGAAAUGCAUUAAUCAAGGUGUCUUCGAUGGGAUGUACAUCAGUUUGGCUCCACUUAAAGCAGGUUUCAUGGCAGGAUGUAGGUCUUUUAUAUCUGUAGAUGGUUAUUUUCUAAAGGGGUUAUAUGGAGGACAACUUCUCACGGCUGUUGGAGUGGACGCGAAUGACGGUAUGUACCCAAUCGCUUGGGCUGUGGUGAGCAUAGAGAAUAGGGAGAAUUGGACAUGGUUUUUGGAGUUGCUUGCAGCUGAUCUGGAGAUCAAUAAUAGCCACCAUUGGGCAUUUAUGAGCGACAGACAAAAAAGCCUUGCGUAUGCCGAAGAUAAUGCCAAAAACAAUAACACCACCAACGGUGAUGACGAGGUUACCAUGACAACGCUGACGAGGGAGAGCACUGGUGUUGCUCUCCAUUAUCCGAUGCUAUCUAAGACAAACUAUACAGUGUGA